CACUGACCGGCAUUGUUUAGUCACUGAAGAUGGCUAUCAAUCGUGCAGGAGUCGAACUCACGGCUUCUGGUUGCAGCAUUCUGGCGCGAAACCUGCACCUGAGAUCGUGACCUUGUACAUGACGAUUGAGAGCAUGCAACGUGGUCGAAGUGCAAGAUCAAUGUUUGCCUUCUUUUCACGAUACGAGAUUUUGGAAGAUCAUGCAUCACUGGACGUUGUCGAAGAAGCCACACACGCUUUCGUCUGGAUUGCACAACCUUCAGGCUUUUAUAGACGUCUUCGAGACCCUGUUAAACUUACGAUUCAUUCCCCAAGCUUUCAGCGUCCCGGCCGGACGUCACUCGAACCGACUAAUCGCGUACGACCAAGGUCCAAUGAGCGUCUCAUAGCAUGCUCAGAGCGCCUAUACGGCACGCAAAAUUGUUUUACAUACACAUACGCCUCCUCAGCUUUGAGCCGGGGCAUUUCCAGAAGACCAGGCUAUGAACAUCGUCAAGCGGAGCGGGAUAUUAAAGAGAGGGACGCAAAGGCAGAGUGCGGAGGUUAUUGUGUCGCGAGGUUUCACAGACAGGCUCAUCUAUGAUACAUACAAGACGGAGAAAGUGGAACGGGACUACCUAGACUUCUUCAUCCGACGCACUGUAACCCUGACGCCAUGUUGGGAAGCAAAGACCAUGAAAGAAUUCUGCGCGCAAGCAGCACCCCCAGCACCAACUGAAAGACUACAGCUUCGCUUAGACGAUCGAGAGUACAAAACCAACAGCAGCCGUCCAUAUCCAGAUCCGCUCUCAGUAGAUCAAUUACACCAGUAUCUGAGCGAAGCACGUUUCAAAGCUGUUGGCCUCCCGGAUGCUCACCGCCGUUUAGUCUCCGUGCGUAAUCUCGAUGCUAAGUCAAUGUCAACAUUAGCAGAGACUGCAUUAUUUCACCAAGGAGACAUGUUGAAGGAUGCAUUUUGUCAACACCUUCAUUUCGAAACAUCUAUUCGGGUCCAUGAGUCUUUGAAUGGCUUCGUUACACCAGGCCUGGAGUUUCACCUACCUUACCUAACGCUGAGGGAAAGCAAUGGUACCCAUGGCAACAUAAGGAAGGAGUGGGCUGAUAUUACAUUUCUCAACCGUGCGGCUGCCGCCGAUUUGAACAUUGGCCGCGAUAUCAUCCAUGAGGCGCACAUCUCUAUCGUCAUCUGCAUCUGGGACUACAAAACAUGGACGGGGUACAAGCUCUCAAAACCAUGCCCAUUCGAUGCCGAGGAUCCUGUCGAGGACGAGGAUGAAGAUGAUGAAGAGGGCGAGGAAGGUCUGCCUAGGGAAGACAUCUUCGCCCCUGACAGUGGAGAUCACAAUAUGAAUGAUGAUCCCAUAUGGGAUCCACGCAUCUACUUCUUGCACAUUAUGGCGAUAUGGGUCAACUUUAUCCUUAAAGAGUACAUACACUUGAUCCGAACUCUUGAGGAACGUGUCAAAAUCUCAGAAGAAGAUGACCACAGCGACGUUCAAAAGUUCUACACGUAUACCAUCAAAACGUCGCGGUUGCUGCGCAGAGUACGUGAUCACACCCGUGAAGUCAUCGAAGCAUGGAAGGCGUUCAGUGCACGUGACGGAGACAUCCGCUACUUCAGGACACUCAAAAAACACAACGCAAAGGUGGCAAUUAGUGCUAUCAAUGAGUCGUUCCGCAGGCUAAGCGUCCUAGACCAGAAGCUGGCCUCACUCAUAACGACCUGCAAAGAGUCUUCUGAAGCUCUCGGGCUACAAUUGAAUGUUCAUAGCAAUGUUCUGAGCAAGCAGACACAUAGAGAAACUCUCGUGGCGACCAAACUGAAUCGGAAGACUACAAUUAUUGCUAAGGAGAGUCAGAAAGCAGCAGUCAAGACCCACAAUAUUUCUCAGAUAAGCUUUGAGGUCCUUCUGUUCACCACGCCAUUCAUUCUAGCUCUGCAAUAUUUUGGAGCCGAACGCGAGAUUUUCUCAUUUGACCGCAACACGAAGAACUUCAUAUGUUGUGUCAUCGUUUUGAUGCUCAUCCUGCGCCUCUUCAUCUGGGCUCUAGAGCCAUUCUCCACAAUGAAGCUGUACAUCGUCUCAAAGACUUCGCGUUUGUUUGGCAGGAGUGGAACAGCUGGCGGUGAUCACGACGAUGACGACUUGGAUAUAGACGGUAACGAAACGUAUGUUUGCCAGGCUUUAGAUGUAUGAUUUUUCCUGUCUCAUGUUUGCUCAUUGUUGUAUUUGGUUUCUGUUUGAUUUCUGAAGGUCGGCUAUUCUGGAGUUUUUUGUUUCUUAUGUGACGAAUAACGAUAUUCACGAUACCAGCCUUGAGCAAAAGGGAGGUCAUCCGAAGAUACCUUUCACAAUUGCUGCACUUCUACGCUACCUGUCAACUUGUCGCGAGAGUUUGAUUAAUUAGUUGAAGCAAGAAUCACCAG